AUGGAUGGUAAUUCAGCAGUUCAGGCCAAUGACAUCGGCAUCGCGACUCAGCCGUCUGCAAUCGGCUCCGGAAGCCGUCCGGCAGUUGCGGAGCCGCCGAAAACCCGGGCCUGUGCCAACUGUGCCCGGUUAAAGAUGAAAUGUCGAUGGCCGGUAUCCGGCGCGGGCCACUUGCAGGACACCAGCUGCAUCCGAUGCGGCCGCAUGAAGAUUCCCUGCCAUGUGCCGGCGCCGGUGCAGCGUAAGAAGAGGGGGAAGUCGACGCGCGUGGCUCAGCUUGAGAGGAAGAUUGACAGCUUGGUGUCUAUGAUUGCGUCUACUCAGCAAUUACAGACCUCUGGAACACCCCCCUUGACUCCUGAAAGCCACGAUACAAUUGUAGUGAAUGAUCCAUCAACCAUACCUGUAUCACAGCCGCUGCAAGAUGCAGCGCAGAAACCACAGUCAACCCAAGCUGCCCCCAAAGUUCCCCAUUUCCCACUCGCUAUUCCCUCUGACUCUUCGACAACGUUUCAGUUGAUCCCGGGGUUCAGCUUCACCUUAGAGGAGGCUCAAUCAUACUUUAAUAUCUAUCGGCGUGAAUUCAUGCCCAACUAUCCCUUCGUCAUCAUUCCGGAAGAUAUGGAUCCACGCCAAUUAUACGCAACAUCGCGAUGUCUCUUUUGGACUAUCAUGGCCGCAGUGGCUCCUCAAUCAUCGGCGACUCAGCAGGGUGUUGAGAAUUGGUUCCGCCAAUACAUUGCCGACAGGAUGGUUGUGAAGCAAGAGAAGAACUUGGCACUUUUGCAAGCUAUUCUUAUUCACCUGGCUUGGUAA